UUGCUAGACGCACCCAUACCGGAAACCCCGCAACCACCAGCAAAUCCCAGUCAGAUCGAUCCCCUGCGGGCUGCGGCGAGUCCAUCCAUGGAUCCGUCCGACGCCGCGCGGCGCUCCGCUGAGCGAUGGAUGGGCGUGGCCGAGAAGUUGCUCAUGGCGCGGGACGUCGAGGGCUGCAAGCAGUUCGUCUCCCAGGCCCUCGACGACGACCCACGCGCCACCGGCGCCGACGACCUGCUCGCCGCCGCCGACGCCCUCCUCGCCGCCCAGCGCCGCCGCCUCCCCUCCGGGAUCCCCGACCCCUACGCCGUUCUUGGCCUCGACUCCGCGCUCCCGGCCUCCCGCGACCCAGACGUCGUCCACGCACACUACCGCCGCCGCUCCUUCCUGCUGAAUCGAUCCCACCCCGACCGCCCCUGCUCUCUCGCCUUCGCCGACGCCGCCCGCCUCGUCGCGGAAGCCUGGGCCUUUCUCUCGGACCCUCUCCGCAAAGCCUCCCUCGACUCCGACCUCGUUGCCGCUGUAGCCGCCAAAGCCGCAGCAGCUCGCGCGCCCACUCCCUCUCCCGAGAAGCAGCCGCCGCCGCCGCCGCCACAACCAUCUCCACAGCCAGCCUCGUCACCGCCUGCUCGCCAGCCACGGCAGGCGGCAACGGCGUCGCCGCCAGCAAAGCGCGGCCGUCCACCGCGCGCCGCCAAACCGCAGCAGCCGCCUCCGGAGCACCAGCAGGAGGCGGAGGCGCCGAAUGCGCCGCCCUUCUGGACGGCCUGCACGUCCUGCUGCCACGUGCACCAGUACGACCGCUCCUACGAGGCGUGCACUGUGCUUUGCCCCAGCUGCCGGCGGCCGUUCUUAGCCACGGCGAUGUCCACACCGCCACCUAUCGUGCCGGGUACCGACAUGUACUACUGCUCCUGGGGCUUCUUUCCCAUGGGGUUCCCGGGAGGCCCUGCGUUUGCUGGACCGGCGAAUUCUCCGAUGCAGCUGCCGCCCGCUUCUCUGGGGUUUUAUCCGAUGGGGCCAUACUUGCCAUUGCCAGCUCAAGCUGGCGUUGUGGAAGGCAAUGUGGCUGUUCAAGCUGGCCUUGUGGAAGGCAAUGUGGCUGCUCAAGCUGGCGCGGUGGAAGGCAAUGUGGCUGCUCAAGCUGGCGUUGUGGAAGGCAAUGUGGCUGCUCAAGCUGGCGUUAUGGAAGGCAAUGUGGCUGGUGGUGUUGACAGUGAGGCUGCUGUCAGUGCCACUGAGACAACGGCAGCGCCGGUGGCGCCAUUGCCAGCAAAGCCCACUCAUGUAAAGGUCGGGGCAAAGAAGCGAGGGCGGCCCAAAGGCAGCAAGAAUAAGAAUGUGGUGAUUGAGAUCAAUUAGGAUUAAGUUUUAGAGCUUCUACCAUGAUGGAGUGGUGAAUUAGGGUUUUGACUUCGAGGGUACCCAAAAGUUUGCCGCUCUUUGCGAAAAGGUUAGCUUGGUGCAUCUUCAAUCUUCAGGAGGGGGUUGCUGACACCAUCACCUGGAUGCUAUAUUAUGCUAAACCUGGAUAGCUCCUACAUUGCUAUUCCAGCCUAAAAGGACGACAAUUUGCUGGAAUCACUGGAUCGGAGAGCAACUGUCUGGAAGAUUUUCGGCACCACUUAAGUGCAAGUUCUUCGUUGGCAGAUCAUGCAUAACGGUACUUGGAAAGCUGAUCAGCUUCAACCCCUUGGUUGGCCCACCUAUGGACUCUGUUAAGCUUUGCAAGGGAAGAACAAGAAUUGGCGUACCAACUUUUCUUCUAAUGUAGGUAUGUCAUCAGGAUUAGGAGAGCGGGGUUGAGUUAUCCCACCCUUCAUGAGAUCCAUCUCAAGCUCUGGAGCAAUUAGCAACCGGCGAAAAUAUGUUGGAUUGAGACGGUUGGAUCAGAGAGAAAUCAUUGAAAAUGGCUAGCCUCUCUCUUCGUGCUGGAAUAUAUGGGACUAAUGAAGCCUGGAAAAUCGAUUAGGAUUAAGACUUUUGGCUUCUACGACAAUGGAAUAGCAAAUUAGGUACGUUGCGACUGAACUGAACUCCAUCGUCUGUUGUAAGCUGAUGUUCAGGGCAGCUACGCCCUUCAUUUUUGUUCAUGAAUAAUUUUCUUAUUUCCUUU